ACAAUUUAAUAGUAUAAUUACAAAAGGGAAAACUGCUGCAACGCCGGCAUUAUGUGGCGACAAAGAUCUCCAACAUCCUCACGCUGCAAUUCCAACAAACAACAAUGUUACCUGCUAUUCACAAAAGGCUUAUCAAACAAUUGUAAGUCGCUGUCAGAAAAAAACAGAGUGCAAGUUCCAGGUCUCGCCUCGAAAUUUGGGUGGCGAAUUUGGCUGUCCCCAUGCGCGAAAAUUUGUAGAAAUUGCAUACAAAUGUAGACCAAGCCAAUUUAGAUCCGUUAUUGGAUGUGAGAGUGACCUGGUUCAAUUAACUUGUAAUCCAAACUCUAGGCUGGCCAUUUAUUCAGCAAACUUUGGAAGAACCGAAUAUGAAUCAGUGCAGUGUCCGCAGCCAUCGUUUGUUGACGACGAAACUUGUUUGGCCAGUUUUGGGACGGAGACUGUAAUGCAAAUGUGCCAUGGGAAGAGAAAGUGUUCCAUUCGAGCGGAGGCGUCCACGUUUGGAAGGCCGUGCAAACCACAAUCGAGAAAUUACCUUAAAGUCAUUCAUACCUGUGUUCCGAGGAAGGUUUUGAAAAAAAAGUUUCAAGGGGAACUGGAAUCGGAUGAAACUGAUGACAACCCUGACGAGUCGGAGGAUAGAACAAAUGAUGAUUCGACUUCCAUGAUCAUUGAGCACUCAGCCAUGAUACCUUCUUCAAAUCAUCCAUUCGAACCCCGUGAUCCCCAUUCGACACAAGAUUCGUCAGAAUCACAAGUUCUAUUCAACUCGAAUCACGACGACUCAUCAUCCUCACCAACGGGAGGGAAGGACGACAACUUUGGGGCAAGGUCUUCAGCCGUGCAGAAUUCUGACACAGAUAUUCACGAGGUGGGUGUUGAUGAUGGCCAGAGUAAUGGUGGCAGUCACAAUUACACGGGAAGCUCGGAGGACAUUCGGUUUAUUAACCUCAUCUCGCAAAGCAUCAAUGCGUACGCUUUUAUCGAAAGAAACAGUCACACUUUCUGGCUUCUGAUUGCAAUUAGCAUGCUGUCGGUAUUCCUCCUGUUACUCUUCCUCCUAUUGAUCCGCCUCGUUUAUGUUCGACACAAAGGAAACAAAAAGGUUCAAGAGGAACAGAAAAUGAAAUCAUCCACGAUACGUCGUGCUUCGGGGCUAAGUGAUAUUGAUGAGCUGAGUCUGGUUCUCGAUCCGACGGAAUACGUACAUUUGUCCACUAUUCAGAGAAGAAGUAAUCCAUCUAGCUCUACUUUCGGGUCGGGUGGACUUGCAAAAAAUAACCGGGUUGUUCGCUACUCUAACAGCAGAAACUCCAUGUUGGGCAGGCAAGAAAGUGACACUUCUCCCAGAAGCUUUCACCAAGAGCACGAGUCAGAUAUUCAUUUCUUCUUUGGAUAAAAAAGGAGAACAUUUGAUUGCUUACUUAUCUUAGCUUAUCUUAUAUUCAGUUGACUUCUUAUUUCUAUGCAAUACUUGAUAAGUAUACGAAUAUAAGAUAAGUAAAAACAGGCCAUGAAACUUAAUUAUUCUGGUCGAAAUUCUAAGUCAUAUUGGUUAAGCUACUUAUUUAGUUGUGUGUUUACUUCGUAUACUGCAAAUAUUUUAUUUUAUUUUUGUGCUGAGAAAGUUAAUAAAUGAAAUCUGGACAUGCAUUAUAACCAGUUAUUUAAAAUAAAAAAA